AUGGGCGAACGACAAUCACACAAGCAGCUGCGUGCACUGCGUACCGGCGAAGCUCCCACGCAGCUCUCUCCUUCACGAUCACGGACGGAUCCUCCAGCUCCUCAGAAACAACAGCAUGAGAAGUCACACUUACACAAGCGCCUACACUCCAACACGCUGCGCCAUCGAGCAUUCACGAGCUCGAAGGAGCACUCCCAUCGCGAAAGCGCCAAGGAAAUCGUACAAUCGGCCAUCGAUCUAAAGCCUCCGAUCAGCUUUGACAGCUUACUGCGACGCGACAAGAAGAGUCCUGAUUCCAGCCGGCGAGGUAGCCAUCUCCAGCAGCAGCAGCAGCAGCAGCAGCGCCAGCAAGACAUCAGUCAGACUGAUGCCGAGGAGGCAAGAAGGGCAGCGCAGCGUCGAGUGCGGCCCGAGGAUGUGACCAAAGCACGGCGUGAGAAUGCACGACGUGAGGAGCACCUUCGCGAGAGUCUCAAGAAUGUCGAAGAGGUGGCCAUGAGCAGUACAAGACAGCUGGACGAUACAUACUACAGCAUCUUGGAGAAGGCAUCCUUGCUUCGCUCGACAGUGGCUAGUCUGCAACAGCUUGCCGAGGAAAGCAAGAGGAUGCAUUCAACGUUCAAAGAAGACACAACGAAGCUGGAGCAGGAGACGAAGCAGAACCUGGACGGCUUCAACAACUUCGAUGGCCAGGAGAAGACCAUCAAUGAUCUGGUAGUUCAGCUCAGAACUUCGAAGGAUAGGACUGGGAAGCUCAACGAGCGUCUAGAAGCUGCUCGAAAUCGUAUCGAAGCUUAUGAGCAUCGGUGGAAUGAGCAUCAGAAGAAGCGCCGCAAGAAUUGGGGCAUCAUCUGGGCAUCCAUCAUCGGUCUGGUUGCGUUCAUGAUCGCAGUCAUCGCAGCAAAGAAUAGGAGCACUGUUGGGAGUACGAUGCACCAAGUGGCAAAGGUACUAGAUGCCGAGAUUGCUUCUCCCAUAGCUGCGGCAUUACGGCCGACUUCCAGCCCGGCUGAGGAUCCAUAUCUAAGGAAACUGUUCGAUGAGCUCUGA